UUGGGGGAAAUGUCUGUGCGUCUUAUGGAGCGGCCGGCCCAGAAUUCCCACCGCCGUUGUAUGUCUCUGGUCAUCCCCUUCUCUGGUCAUCUCCUGUUUUGUACCUGCAGUCUCUGGUCAUCUCCUGUACUACGUCUGCAGUCUCUGGUCAUCUCCUGUACUGUCUGCAGUCUCUGGUCAUCUCCUGCUGUCCGCAUCUCCUGUACUGUGUCCGCAGUCUCUGUCCGCAGUCUCUGGUCAUCUCCUGUACUGUGUCCGCAGUCUCUGGUCAUCUCCUGUACUGUGUCUCUCUGUCAUCUCCUGUACUCAUCUCCUGUACUCUGGUCAUGUCCGCAGUCUCUGGUCAUCUCCUGUACUAUGUCCGCAGUCUCUGGUCAUCUCCUGUACUAUGUCUGCAGUCUCUGGUCAUCUCCUGCACUGUGUCCGCAUUUGUUCAUAGUUUUUUUUUUUUUA